AUGAUUCGCUCAAACCCAACAGCCAUCCCCCUCCGCCCGUCCGACCUCAAGCUCCUCCAGCGCGAGCUCGACGCGCGCCGCGACGCCGCAGCGUUGUCAGCAGCGGGGGCGGCGUCGGCCUCCGCUGCCGCCGCGAGUGCGGGCAAGGACAAGGCCAAGCCCAAGGCCAGCAAGGCGACGGCGCACGCGAAUGGCUCCAGCGCCACGACGGCCGCGGGCCCUGCGGACGCCGCUGUUGAGGAACCGAGCGGAUCGGGCUGUAGUCCGCUCAAUCUCAGCCUGCUGCUUGGCAAUCACCUCGCGGCUGGCUCGUAG